CUUUGAACUAUCAUUAGUUUUACAGUUGUCUUCAAGGAGAAAUCAUGAACUGUUUGAAACAAGGAUUCUAUUUUAAACCAUUUCAUCAGUACAGCUCUAUCGGAUAGUAACUCAUUACGUUAAUCACAAAAGCUACGACUCAGAAAUGGAAAGGGGACUAAAGCAGAAAAUAUUAUUUAGGUUAAUUAACAAAUACAUCUGAUAAAUUAGUAUUUUGUCUCAAACUCACUCGGCUUUGUCUGAAACCUGACAACCUGUAUAGUCACUUGGUGGCGCUGCAGGAUAAGAUGGGAGACUGUUUCCUAGCUGCGGCUCAGUAGCCUCUUAACCAGCGGAAGUGAAAGCACCGGAUAAAAUGGCAAACAGGCUGUCUGAAAAGGCAGGGCAAGGACAAGACCCUCCAGAAAGGAGUGCAAGCCUAUAAAUUCCUGAAGGUCCAGAUGAGCGUACCUGCUCUCUGAGCUGCCAGGGACUGAGUUGAAACAGAACAGCAGAAAGUGUCUUGUCUACGGAAUGAUGGAGUCAGGAGUGAGGGCUGCUCAGCAUCUAAGGCAAGUGCCUUUUUUUGUUUUCCUGGAAGGGUCCUUGGUUCUUUCCGAGACCUGGAGCUAUUCUGUGGCAGAAGAAAUGGAGACUGGCUCCUCUGUAGCCAAUAUAAUUAAAGACAUGGGUGUGGGUGACCUGGCCGCACGGGGGGCCAGAGUUAUAUUUGAUGACUAUCAGCCUUAUUUGUGGUUAGAACUUGAGACUGGCAACUUGCUCUUGAAUGAAAAACUGGACAGGGAGGCACUCUGUGGUACCAGUGAACCCUGUAUACUGCAUUUCCAGGUGUUAUUGGAAAAUCCUUUGCAAUUCUUUCAGGCUGAGCUUUUGGUUGAAGACAUAAAUGACCAUUCUCCCACGUUCCCAGAGAAAGUCAUAUUUCUAAAUAUCUCAGAAGGUGCUACUCCAGGAACCUCAUUCCAAAUGGAUAAUGCUCAGGACUUAGAUGUAGGAAUGAAUGGUGUCCAAAACUAUACAAUAAGCCCCAACCCCUAUUUCUACCUUAAGUUAAAAGACGGUGGUAAAGGAAGAAAAUACCCAGAGCUGGUACUGGAUGGAUCUCUGGACAGAGAAAAGGAGCCUUCAAUUAGCUUAAUACUAACAGCUGUGGAUGGUGGGUCACUGCCCAGGUCAGCAACUGCACUGAUUCAAGUUGUGGUUGUGGAUGUCAAUGACAAUGCCCCUGAGUUUGAAAGAACGCUGUAUGAGGUUCAAGUACCAGAGAACAGCCCUGUGGGCUCACUAGUAAUCAAGGUGUCUGCUACAGAUUUGGACACAGGGAUAAAUGGAGAAAUAUCUUAUUCAUUUUCUCGUGUCUCUAGAGAUGUAUGGGAAACAUUCAAAAUCCAUCCAGUUUCUGGUGAAGUCCAUUUGAAAGCACUCCUAGAUUUUGAGGUGAUUCAGUCUUAUACAAUAAAUGUUCAAGCCGUUGACGGUGGGAGUCUCUCUGGAAAAUCAGCCAUUAUUGUUCAAGUUAUAGAUGUGAAUGACAACCCACCAGAAAUAGUCUUUACAUCUCUUAUGAGCCCCAUCCCAGAAAACUGCUUAUCAGAGAUGGUCGUCGCUGUUUUCAGUGUACGAGACCAAGACUCAGGAGACAAUGGCAGAAUGAUAUGCUCAAUUCAAGACAACCUCCCUUUUCUCUUGAAGCCUACUUUCAAAAAUUUCUACACUCUAGUAACAGAAAGUCCACUGGACAGAGAAAGCAGAGCUGAGUACAACAUCACCAUCACAGUCACCGACAUGGGCACACCCAGGCUCACAACACAGCACACCAUAACAGUGCAGGUGGCUGAUGUCAACGACAACGCCCCCGCCUUCACACAAACCUCCUACACCCUGUUUGUCCAGGAGAACAACAGCCCUGCCCUGCACAUAGGCACCAUCAGCGCCACAGACUCAGACUCAGGCUCCAAUGCCCACAUCACCUACUCUCUGCUGCCCACCCAUGACCCGCAGCUAGCCCUCGACUCGCUCAUCUCCAUCAACGUUGACAAUGGACAGCUGUUUGUGCUCAGGGCACUGGACUAUGAGGCCCUGAAGGCCUUCGAGUUCCACGUGGGCGCCACAGACCAAGGCUCUCCUGCACUCAGCAGCCAGGCGCUGGUGCGAGUGCUGGUGCUGGACGCCAACGACAAUGCGCCCUUCGUGCUCUACCCGCUGCAGAACGCCUCAGCGCCUUGCACAGAGCUGCUGCCUAGGGCGGCAGAGCCUGGAUACCUGGUCACCAAGGUGGUGGCAGUGGACCGAGACUCUGGACAGAAUGCCUGACUGUCAUUCCAGCUGCUCAAGGCCACAGAGCCCGGGCUGUUCAGCGUGUGGGCUCACAAUGGUGAGGUGCGCACCUCCAGGCUGCUGAGUGAGCGCGAUGCUCCCAAGCACAGGCUGCUGCUGCUGGUCAAGGACAAUGGAGAUCCUCCAAGGUCUGCCAGUGUCACUCUGCAUGUGCUGCUGGUGGAUGGCUUCUCUCAGCCCUACCUGCCUCUGCCAGAAGUGGCGCGCCAACCUGCAGACGACAAUGAGGACUUGCUCACACUGUACCUGGUCAUUGCCUUGGCUUCUGUGUCUUCGCUCUUCCUCUUGUCUGUGCUGCUGUUCGUUGGGGUGAGGCUGUGCAGGAGGGCCAGGGCGACCUCUCUGGGUGGCUGCUCUGUGCCUGAGGGACACUUUCCUGGUCACCUGGUGGAUGUCAGUGGCGCAGGGACCCUGUCCCAGAGCUACCAGUAUGAGGUAUGUCUGACUGGAGUGUCGGAUACCAAAAAUUUUCGGUUCCUAAAGUCUGUGUCUCCCAACCAUGAGGUUGUGAAUUGUGUGGAAGAGAAUUCUACCUCUUUGAGUGGUUUUGGAUACAAUUAACAAUUUGUUGACUUUUUAGAUGGUUCUGGAUGAGUGUUCAUUCUUUCUAAACAUUCUUGUUUUCCACUAUUUUAUCUUCAUAAGGAAUUUCUAAUGUUUUGUCUUUAUUUUCCUAAUUCAGGAGAUGGUAAGUUCCAUGCAUCCCCUUACAGGUUAGUCUCUUUUUAAAAAAAUCACUUCUUGAUAAAGAUAUAAAACUUUACUCAUUCCUUGAAAGUCACGGUGUUUCUUCAACUUGUCAGAUUCUCAACAUAAAUCAUUAUUGAUUUGAAAAUACUCACCUUCGUUUUAUUUGAUUGUUGUACAGAAACAUUUCCAAAAGAUUUGAAAUGUGAUAGAGAUGUCAUGAAUUGUCAGUGUACCUUCUGUAUAUUAUGCUUUACUAUCUAGAAUAAGUAUCUGAAAUGCAUGAUUUUGUUGUACAGCAGUUUUAGUUGGAAAGACAAUUCUCUGAAGUGCCAAGGCUUUUAUUAUCUUCAUAUGAACAUCCAGCAUGUAAUACAUAUGAAUAUUGUUAAAAUAUUUUUAGAUUAUCUCAAAAUUUAUAAAAUGCCAGAUCCCUCCUGUGACAUCUGGCUAGCCCACCUCACAUUUCCUGAAAAUCUCUCUCUUCAGCAUAGGUAUGGGAUCAAAGCUUGAUUUGUUUCAUACAACUUGGGUCCCUCUAUGGUUUCAGACAAUUGGACAAAUGAUGGGAACUGCUAUUCUAAGCUGAGCCAGUCUGAUCCUGUUUAUUUUUAAAAUCACUUUAGAAACCAAAUGUAUUCAAGUCUUUCUCUUAGGAAUAUUACAACAAAGUGACGUCAUCUCAAACCUCUGAGGGAGGAGAGGACAGAGGUCCUGCAGAGGAUGUUCUUUUUAGUAAUCCCCAAGUAACCUUUCACUGUUGGGUGAGCCUGGGGACAGAGAAUUAAGAUGUGCUCAUGUAAUAGAUUUUUCUAGUCCAGCUCAGUAGAGGUUGGUUGGUUGGUUGGUUGGUUGGUUGGUUGGUUGAUUGGUUGAUUGGUUGGUUUUUUGUUUUUUUGUUUUUUGUUUUUUUUUUAAAAAGCAUACUUAGAUAUUCCUGCCUACACUGGUGAAUUAUUCCUGUUAAUUUUGUACUUUCAUUGAGCUACUAUAACACAAAUCAAAAAGUUUGUAAACUAUUGCAGUUACAUGGAAAGGCACUGUGAAUCUUUGGUCUAAUGGGUAAUUUUGAGGAUAGGAGUGGUGGUCCUCUCAGGACGCUGAGGCAAGAUCCUGAGGACAGGGCUGGGCCUCAAGACCUCUUUUGUUAGGACAAGCCACAGUGUUUUUCCUUUAAUGAAAAGAUGGUUUAGACCCUCGGUUAUUUCAUGUGACUACGGAAAGAGUACAGAGAGCUGCUACCUGGAAAAUGCCGUCUUGUUUAUACAGCUUAUUAUAAAAUGAGUUAGGUCGGGCGGUGGUGGCGCACGCCUUUAAUCCCAGCAC